AUGUCAGGAGAAGAUGAGUUCUACCUGUUUCGGAAUAUCUCCUCGGUGGGGCCCUGGGACGGGCCCCAGUACCACAUUGCUCCUGUCUGGGCCUUCCGCCUCCAGGCAGCCUUCAUGGGACUUGUCUUCUUUGCAGGAACCCCGCUCAAUGCCACAGUGCUGGUGGCCACACUGCUUUACAGAAAGUUGCGGCAGCCCCUCAACUACAUUCUGGUCAAUGUGUCCCUCGGGGGCUUCCUCUUCUGCAUCUUCUCCGUUUCCACUGUCUUCAUCUCCAGCUGUCACGGCUACUUCCUCUUUGGCCGCCAUGUUUGUGCUCUGGAGGCCUUCUUGGGCUCUGUAGCAGGUCUAGUGACAGGAUGGUCGCUGGCUUUCCUGGCUUUUGAGCGCUACAUUGUCAUCUGUAAGCCCUUUGGCAACGUCCGCUUCAACUCCAAGCAUGCACUGAUUGUGGUCCUGAUCACUUGGACCAUUGGCGUCGGCGUGUCCGUCCCACCCUUCCUUGGCUGGAGCAGGUUCAUCCCCGAAGGCCUGCAGUGCUCCUGCGGCCCGGACUGGUACACGGUGGGCACCAAGUAUCGAAGCGAGUACUACACCUGGUUCCUCUUCCUGUUCUGUUUCAUCGUGCCUCUUUCCCUCAUCUGCUUCUCCUACUCCCAGUUGCUGAGGACUCUCAGAGCUGUAGCAGCUCAGCAGCAAGAGUCAGCGACGACCCAGAAGGCUGAACGGGAGGUGAGCCACAUGGUGGUGGUGAUGGUGGGAUCCUUCUGCCUCUGCUACGUGCCCUACGCUGCCCUGGCCAUGUACAUGGUCAACAAUCGUAACCACGGGCUGGACUUACGGCUCGUCACCAUCCCUGCCUUCUUCUCGAAGAGCUCAUGUGUCUACAAUCCCAUCAUCUACUGCUUCAUGAAUAAGCAGUUCCGGGCUUGCAUCCUGGAGAUGGUGUGCAGGAAGCCCAUGACGGACGAAUCCGACAUGCCUGGCUCUCAGAAAACAGAAGUUUCUACUGUCUCUUCCAGCAAAGUUGGCCCUCACUAA